GAGGAGUUGGAUGGAAAUCUAGGAAAUAUAAAGAUGACCAUUCCUUCAUUCAAAGGAAGGAGUGAUCCCGAAGCAUAUCUGGAGUGGGAGAGAAAGGUUGAGAUGAUCUUCGAAUGUUAUAAUUAUUCGGAGGAGAAGAAGGUGAAGUUAGCGAUUUUAGAGUUCAGUGACUAUGCCAUUUCAUGGUGGGACCAAGUGGUUACUUCACAACGUAGGAGUGGGGGAAGACCAGUUAGCACUUGGGAAGAAUUGAAGUCAUUGAUGAGAAAGAGGUUUGUUCCUAGCCACCAUUAUCGAGAUAUCCAUCAAAAACUGCAAGGCCUAUAUCAAGGGUCGAAAAGUGUAGAAGAUUACCAUAAGGAGAUGGAAAUACUCAUGAUUAGGGCUAAUGUGGUGGAGGAUCGAGAGGCUACCAUGGCUCGAUUUUUGAAUGGUUUGAAUAGGGAAAUUGCCAAUGUAGUAGAGUUGCAACAUUAUGUGGAGUUGGAAGACAUGUUGCAUGUGGCUAUGAAGGUGGAGAGACAGUUGAAGAGGAAAGGGAUAGCUAGGCAACCGAUAGGAACUUCGAGUGCAAAUCCAUCUUGGAAACCGAGAUGGAACAACAACAACAACAACAACAACAAUAAGGUUGAUAAAGCUAUACCUAAGGGUAGGAAUGAAUGGAAAAAAGGAAAAGAGGAAAGUGCUAGGAAAAUAGCACCCAAAACUGAUUCACAACCAUCAAGAAACCGAGACAUCAAGUGUUUCAGAUGUUUGGGGUCCGGGCACAUCGCUUCUCAAUGCCCAAAUAAAUGGGUAAUGGUGUUGUUGGAUAAUGGAGAAGUGGUGAGUGAAAGUGAAGGUGAGUAUGAUGACAUGCCUGCAUUGGAGGACGUUGAAAAGGAAGAAAAAUUGGAGUUUGCUGUUGGAGAAUCAUUGGUGUCACGGAGAGCUCUUAACACUCAAGUCAAAGUGGAUGAUUCGGAGCAGCAGCGAGAAAAUAUCUUCCAUACACGUUGUUACGCCAACGAUAAGGUAUGUAGCAUGGUAAUUGAUGGUGGGAGUUACACGAAUAUAGCUAGCACAACUAUAGUUGAGAAACUAGGACUAGCAUUGUUAAGACACCCUAGGCCUUAUAAGUUACAAUGGUUGAAUGAUAGUGGGAAAGUUAAGGUGAAUCGAAGGGUCCUAAUUAAUUUUUCGAUUGGAAGUUAUAGUGACAAAGUAGUUUGUGAUGUGGUGCCUAUGCAUGUGGGACAUAUAUUGUUAGGAAGACCAUGGCAAUAUGAUAGAAGGGAGUUCGACGAUAUGUUUCCUGAGGAGAUGCCAAGUGGAUUGCCACCAAUCAGAGGCAUCGAGCACCAGAUUAACGUUGUACCCGGAGCUGUCAUACCUAAUCGACCAGCUUACCGAAGCAAUUCCGAGGAGACGAAGGAGCUUCAGAAGCAAGUGGAGGAGUUGAUGAGCAAAGGUUAUGUCAGGGAGAGCAUGAGUCCAUGUGUUGUACCUGUUUUGUUGGUACCUAAGAAGGACGGGACUUGGAGAAUAGUUGUUUUCCUAGGAUUUGUGGUUAGUGCUAAUGGGGUAGAAGUUGAUGAAGAAAAGAUAAAAGUUAUACAAGAAUGGCCAACACCUAAGACUAUAACUGAAGUUAGAAGUUUUCAUGGAUUGGCUAGUUUUUAUAGGAGAUUUGUAAGAGAUUUUAGCACCAUCACCACACUGUUGACUGAAAUAGUAAAGAAGAGUGUAGGUUUCCAUUAGGGAGAAUCAUAGGAAGUUGCAUUUAACAUGAUUAAGGAUAAGUUAUGUAAAGCACCUGUUUUAGCAUUACCUAAUUUUGAUAAAACAUUCGAGGUUGAGUGUGAUGCAUCAGGGAUAGGUAUAGGAGCAGUAUUAAUGCAGGAAAGGAGGCCUAUUGCUUACUUUAGUGAAAAGUUGAGUGGAGCAGCAUUGAACUAUCUGACAUAUCACAAAGUGUUGUAUUCACUUGUUCGAGCUUUGGAGACUUGGCAGCACUACUUAUGGCCAAAGGAAUUCGUGAUACACACCGAUCAUGAAUCUUUGAAGCAUUUGAGAGGUCAAGGUAAGUUGAACAAAAGACAUGCGAGAUGGAUGGAGUUUAUUGAGACUUUUCCAUAUGUCAUCAAGUACAAACAAGGUAAUGAAAACAUAGUUGCUGAUGCAUUGUCUCGAAGGCAUGAAGGAUAUCUGUUUAAGGAAAAUAAGUUGUGCAUUCCUAAUUGUUCUUUGCGUGAAUUAUUGGUAAGGGAAGCACAUGGGGGUGGUUUAAUGGAACACUUUGGGGUUCAAAAGACCUUAGACAUGUUAGGAGAACAUUUUUAUUGGCCUAGAAUGCGACAUGACGUAGAGCAAAUAUGUGGAAAGUGCAUAACUUGUAAAAAGGCUAAGUCUAAGGUUCAACCUCAUGGAUUGUAUACUCCUUUGCCUGUGCCUAGUGAACCAUGGGUAGACAUAUCUAUGGAUUUUGUGUUAGGUUUGCCUAGGACAAAGAGGGGUAGGGAUUCAAUAUUUGUAGUGGUCGAUAGGUUUAGUAAGAUGGCACACUUUAUACCAUGUCAUAAAACUGACGAUGCUACUAAUAUUGCGGACUUGUUCUUUAAGGAAAUAGUACGUUUACACGGAGUGCCUAACAGUAUAGUGUCAGAUAGAGAUGUGAAAAUUUUGAGUCAUUUUUGGCGUGUUUUGUGGAGUAAGUUAGGAACUAAGUUAUUGUUUUCUACAACUUGUCACCCACAAACAGAUGGUCAAACUGAGGUGGUAAAUCGAACUAUGACACAAUUGCUUCGGACAGUGAUCAAUAGAAAUUUGAAAUCAUGGGAAGAGUGUUUACCAUUCAUAGAGUUUGCAUAUAAUCGAGCCAUACAUUAUUCUACUUCAUUUUCUCCUUUUGAGAUUGUUUAUGGUUUUUAUCCACUAACACCUAUGGAUUUAAUACCUUUACCUGUGCAUGAACGAGAUUGGGUCUGGGUGCAUUUUAGAAAGGAGCGUUUUCCAGAACAGAGGAAGUCGAAGUUGCAACCAAGAGGCGAUGGACCGUUUCAAGUCAUCGAGCGGAUCAACGACAAUGCCUACAAAGUGGACUUACUAGGUGAGUAUAAUGUUUCAGCUACUUUUAAUGUUGCUGAUCUAUCUCUUUUCGAUGUAGGUUCAGGUUCGAGGACGAAUCCUUUCGAAGAGGGAGGGGAUGAUAUGAAUCAAGGCACGUCUACAACCGAAGCGAGUCAAGCGACGAGUUACGAAAAGGAUCCAUUGAUAGUUGAAGGCAGACCGAUGACGCGAUCGAGGACGAAGCGAGUGAAAGAAGCGAUGGGAUUGCUUGUCAAGCAAACGAUCGAU